CUUGAUGCCUAGCAUUACAUUCACCAGAAAAUGAGGAUGGCAUCGAAGGAAAAGAAACAAUAUAAAAGAGUGGAAACCCACCCUCCUUAACCUUCACUUUUCUGCGAACAAGAAUCAGGUAUCUUGUUACUCCCUCGUUAACAACUAUUACAUACAACAAGAAUAUCUGCUCCAACUGACGUUGAGGCUCAAGCUGCACAACCAGCUGAAGAGUAUAUUCCACCAUACGUACCAAAGAGCAAAUUCACUUUCGGCGAUGACGGUGUUAGAAACCACUUCGUUGCUGUUACUGGUGAAUUUGUAGGUACAUUCAUGUUCCUUUGGUCUGCUUUCGUUAUCGCUCAAAUUGCCAACCAAGAUACAUCUGUUAGUGAGCCUGGUUCACACCCACCUCAAUUGCUUAUGAUUUCCUUCGGUUUCGGUUUCUCUGUUCUGUUUUCUGUCUUCAUUUUCUUCAGAGUUUCUGGUGGUAACUUGAACCCUGCUGUAACCUUGACUCUUAUGCUUGCAAGAGCCAUCCCACCAGUGAGAGGUAUUUUGAUGAUGAUUUCCCAAAUGGUUGCAGGUAUGGCUGCUGCCGGUGCUGCAUCCGCUAUGACUCCGGGUCCAAUCGCCUUUGCCAACGGCCUUGGUGGUGGCUGUUCUAGAUCCAGAGGUCUCUUCCUUGAAGCUUUCGGUACCUGUCUUUUGUGUACCACUGUCUUGUUCAUGGCUGUUGAGAAGCACAAGGCUACAUUUAUGGCCCCAUUGGCUAUUGGUAUCUCCUUGUUCAUUGGACACUUGGUUUGUGUGUACUACACUGGUGCCGGUUUGAACCCAGCUAGAUCUUUUGGUCCAUGUAUCGCUGCACGUUCUUUCCCUAACUACCACUGGAUUUACUGGGUUGGUCCAAUGUUGGGAUCCUUUAUUUCCUUUGGUAUCUGGCAAUUCUUGCACUUCUUGGACUACGAGACUGCUAACCCAGGCCAAGACGCUGACCAUUAAACUCAUAACCCAAAGAGGAACACUCAAUUUUCAUACCUCAUGUGUUCAUCAUUGUGAAACCUGGUGGUUUUGCUACAAAAGUCACAUAAUCUAAUAAUAUACACUAAUGACCUACUAUUACAGAGUGAAAUCUUUACCUAAUUGAAAAAAUCAUGCCCUCAACGUG